UUAAGUAUGUGUAUGCACGACAAAGAAGUGUGAUGAUACACUCUCUCAUUCGUCUUCCUCUUGUUCUGCAGUGUCUUGACGAGCGUCGUUGCUGAAGCUCAGACGAGACGAACGAGCAGUCCAAAGUAUAAGUUUAGUGUCAGUUUAGUUUACAUCGCGAAAACGGCCAAUAUCGAUACAUAAGUACCUAUCCCGUAGUACCUGAUGUGUAUACACUGCCAACAGUUACUUUGGUAACGCAAACUUAAAAAUAAUGUUGCUGCUCACCAACUUUUGUCAUCUCUUUGCCUCGAGUUGAAAGCCUCUCUGUUUCUGCUGGUGCAUUUCAUUUUUGUACGUCUGACAGAGAUACAAUAGAGAUCCACACUCCGCAUGCAAGAGGUUCUCCUGAAAGAGCAAUCAAUUUGAGCAGAAAGCUGGGCCACCAUAUCUAGAAUCAUGAGUAGAGUAUUCAAGAAGCUAUUUCGUUCAUCUGAAAAAAUUAGCGAACAAGAAACAGCCAAUGGCCUCUCUACUAAUUCACCAUCCCGGAGAUUUCUUGGAAGACAUCACAGAUCUGAUGUGGUCACACCAGAGGUGCCCGUGCCUGAAAAACCAAGCACCAGCCCGACAAACAAUGCCAAUUCCUUUUUCAAAGCCAAAAAGUCUUCUGGAAGUAGCUCACAGAGUCUUGCAGUGCCAGAAAAGGGAGUGCGUUUAAGAAGACUGAUGAAAGAAUUUAGUGAAAUUCAAAGAAUGCAGCAUAGAGACCCAACAUUUACUGCCGAACUUGUUAACGAUAAUCUUUUCGAAUGGCACAUUAGACUAUACAAAAUUGAUCCAGAAAGUGAACUUGCCACCGAUAUGAAGGAGUUUGGGAUCCCUCAUAUUCUCCUGCACGUUGUAUUUCCAGAAAACUUUCCGUUUGCUCCUCCGUUUAUUAGAGUCAUUUCUCCACGCAUUGAAAAAGGUUUCGUGAUGGAAGGUGGAGCAAUAUGCAUGGAGUUACUCACACCCAGAGGAUGGGCAAGUGCUUACACACUCGAAGCUGUGAUAACUCAAUUUGCAGCAAGUGUUGUCAAAGGCCAGGGACGAAUUGCAAGAAAACCAAAGACUAGUCAUUCUGCUGCGUUCAACAGACGUUCUGCUGAGGAAUCUUUUAGAAGUUUAGUCAAAACUCAUGACAAAUAUGGUUGGGUCACUCCGCCAUUAGCCGAAGGUUGAGUAUCAAUAUUUUAAAGAGUGUACCUCAAGGAUAGAGAUUUUGGUCAUCUCGUAUUCCAACAUCCAUAGAUUUUUAAGAUAAAAAUAAUUAAUAUAAGAAUAUGUAUUCUUAAACGUGUGCAUACUUAGUGGUAUUUUUAAAGAAUCUCGACAAAAAAUGGCGCAGAUUAAUUUUUACUAGACAAUUUAUACCAUGAAUAAUACUAGUCUUUUAAUUGAAAAAUUAAUUUUUCAAGCUGAUUUUACGUUAUCUUAAUUUUAUUAAUGUAAAUGUUGUUAUUGUUGAGUUUUGCGCCGUUUUUAUGAGCAAUAUUUAUUUGCACGAAAUGUCUGGAUUAUUAGACAUCUUUUAAUACCAAAUAUUGAGAUUUAAAAAAUAAUAUGUCAUCCAUGACUUACUUGAAAAAAUUGAAAUUGUAAAAUUCUCAGAUGAAAAAUUGACUCGUAAUGGACAGUAUAUUAUUUUUCAAUUAAAUUAUGUAAUAUUGCACUAUUUCAAAAUCAAAAGUCAUACUUGCCGGUGUUUAGGGCAUUGGACUCACAGUUUGUGUAAUUUUUGAACAAAGUUAACAUAUAAUUAAUUAAUGACGAGAACAAAUAAUUAACCAUCAAUAAUAUAGGUCGCGUACUGAUAAAUAAACAUGUACUGGUUUUGCGUACAUACUUAUUUAAUAGGUAUCACGAAUGAGAAUUUGCGAAAAAAUUAUUGCGAUUUGCAGUAUUUUCUCAGGUAGAUGAUUAAUAUAAGGAAAAUGCAUCUCUGGAAAAUACUUUAAAAAACCGAUUUUUUUUUUUUUCAUGUACCCACGUGAGAUGAAAUAAUAAACUGAUCUUCUCGUCUUUCGCGUGCACUUUUAUUUUGUGCCCAUAACAUUUUUUUGAAAUAAUAAUAACCAGUGUGUGGUAAGUUAUCCCCGAUGGGUAUCCCCGAUGCUUUGCACGACUU